AAAUUCCAGUCGAUCAAACGCGACAACGACGUCAGUUCCGCGUUGGCAUAUUUCAACCAAACGUUUUUAGGAAGUUUGUGGAAUUCCGGCCCCGUUGAAACUGAGAUUGGAGAUUAGUUUCAUAGUUUUUUUAGGUGCUACAUCGGGUACCCACGUGACUGCUGUAACAAAGAUGCAGGCAAUAAGAAACGUCUUCCGGGCCGCCUGGUCCUCUGCCGAGAGACUAGAGGACAAAACUGUCCUCAUCACCGGGGCCAACACGGGCAUCGGCAAAGAGACCGCCGUCGACCUGGCGAAGAGAGGGGCAAAGGUCAUCAUGGCGUGCAGGGACAUGGAGCGAGGGCAGGCCGCCACCAAGGAAGUCAUCGAAAUCUCAGGCAGCCAAAAUGUUGUUUGCAUGAAACUCGACUUGGCGGACAGCAAGUCGAUCAGAGAAUUCGCUGAAGCCAUCAACCAAGGAGAGCCGAAGCUCAACAUCCUCAUCAACAACGCCGGCGUGAUGGUUUGUCCAUACGGGAAAACCCAAGACGGCUUUGAGAUGCAGAUCGGCGUCAAUCACUUUGGUCACUUCCUGUUGACACAUUUGCUGAUUGACCUGAUCAAACGAUCGGCGCCGGCCCGCGUCGUCACCGUGUCCUCCAUGGCUCACUCCUGGGGCUCCAUCAAUCUGGAGGACAUCAACAGCGAGAAGAGUUACGACAAGAAGAGCGCCUACUCCCAGAGCAAGCUGGCCAACGUCCUCUUCACCCGCUCGCUGGCCAAGAAGCUGGAAGGCUCCGGCGUGACGACGUACUCCCUCCACCCCGGGGUCGUCCAGACGGAUUUGUGGCGUCACCUGAGCGGCCCUCAGCAGUUCGCCAUGAAGAUCGUCAGCCCCUUCACCAAAACCUCCUCCCAGGGAGCGCAGACCAGCAUCUACUGCGCCGUGGAGCCGUCGCUGGGGAAGGAGAGCGGCGGAUACUACAGCGACUGCGCCCCGGCCAGCUGCUCGGCCGCCGGUAAAGACGACGUCCUGGCGCAGAAGUUGUGGGACCUGAGCUGCCGGAUGCUGUCGCUGACGUGGGAAUGAUGGGCCGAGCGGAUUCCAGAGUUUACGUGCACUACUUUGCAAUAUGAUUCACCGAUCGUAUGCAUCAAAUGCACUGCAUCGUCCAAAGAUUCUCUAUACGAGAAUAUAGGUAUUUGUUUAUGUGUUUAUUUACACACGCACAAAUUGCAUACUAUGGAAAAUACUAUGGGAAUGAUAUAAUUUAUAUGAAGAUUAUGAUUCUAUUUCACAAGAUUAAAUGCUUUUCUAUACAUUUUUGAACUCGCUUUGUAGUGAAUAUUCAGAUUAAAUCGUGUAAUAAAAGAUUUGUAAUGUGUUGGACUUCAUGUCGCUAAUGUUUUUCUAGAUUUUCUGCCAUUAAACUAUUAAACCAUC